AUGAUGUGGUCGGAACGGGAGGUCUCAAUUGUCUUUAUGACAUCACUAGAAAAAAGACAAUCAGAUGUCACAUAUCCAUCCAUGUUUGCACCUUCAUUGGUUCUUUUUGCAGGAAGUUCCAUGGAAGAAGAAGAAGCUGAAAAAAGAAGGCUUUUGAAAGGGAGGUGUGUGUUUCAUACAUUGUCACCAGAGUGGUCGUGA